CAGACCACAUGAGGCUCUGUGAUUGGCCAGCGAGUGGAGGUUAAAAACCUGCCCAUCCCCCUUCCUUUUGGUGGGAUUCCCCGACAACAACGUGCUCCGUAUAGUCCAAAAUAUUUUGACUUUUUCGCCUGUUUACUUCGCCUCAUCCAGUGACUCAUCUGCCUCGGACAGCAGUAGUGGGACAAAUAAAGCGCUCUGCACCUUUGCUCUUCCCUUUUUUAAAUGACGAUGGAAGAGCAAAGUCUGGACGAUCUGACAUUGAGCCAAACCAUGCCGCUGUGCCAGGAAUCCUUCAGUGAGUGGUGGAACACUGUUUCAGCUCCCCCCCUCUCAUAUAUCACCCCAACGGUGAUUAAUGUGCCUGAGGAAACAUGGAAAACAGAUGGCCACAUGGAUAUGCUGUUACUUAAUGAUCAUUCUCUGACCGAGGUUUUUGAUGAGGAGCUAUUCGAGCUGCCUCCUCCGGACGUGUCCACCAUGGAUGGGGUGAAUCCGACUUCCUCCACAGUCCCGGUGACUUCGGACUAUCCGGGGGAAUAUGGAUUCCAGCUUCAAUUCCAGAAGACUGGCACAGCUAAAUCUGUCACUUCGACUUAUUCGGAGCAUCUCAACAAACUGUACUGCCAGCUAGCCAAGACCACCCCAGUGGAAGUUUUGUUGGGGAAGGAGAUUCCUUUAGGGGCCAUCAUCAGGGCUACGGCAGUUUAUAAAAAAACAGAGCAUGUGGCAGAAGUGGUACGCAGAUGUCCCCAUCACCAGAACGAGGACGCUGCCGACCACCGCAGCCACCUGAUCAGGGUUGAGGGCAGCCAAAGGGCCCAGUACUUUGAGGACCCUAACACCAAGAGACAGAGUGUGACUGUCCCCUACGAGCUCCCUCAGUUGGGCUCAGAGAUAACAACUAUUUUGCUGAGCUUCAUGUGCAACAGCUCUUGCAUGGGGGGCAUGAACAGGCGCCCCAUCCUCACCAUCCUGACCCUGGAGACUGCAGAGGGGCUCGUUCUGGGGCGGAGGUGCUUAGAGGUUCGCAUCUGUGCUUGUCCAGGCAGGGACCGCAAAACCGAGGAGGAGAACAGCACCAAGAUGCAGAGUGGGACCAAGCAAACUAAAAAGCGCAAGAGCACCCCCGGCUCCAGUUCUAUGAAGAAGUCCAGGCCCACCUCCAGUGCAGAGGAGGAAGACAAGGAUGUGUUUGUUCUGAAUGUUCGUGGUCGCGAGCGCUACGAGAUGCUGAAGAAAAUCAACGAUGGUCUGGAGUUGCUGGACAAAGACAGGAAACCUGAGACCAGGGUGAAACACGAGUUUGUUCUGCCUUCCAGCGGAAAGAGACUCCUUCACAGAGGAGAUAAGAGUGACAGCGACUAAGGAGUUUGUCGCUUUGAUCAUGAGAACUAACGUCCUCUCUUUCUCCCUCCCUCCCAUCAGGUUUAUGUCAGGCUUUUAUUCGCCAAAAUCAUACCACUUCCUGCCUCCGUGCCCUUGAUCCGAUAACUGUACUGCCGUCGACCGUUUACUGUACUCUGCGGUGUUUUUGACGUUUAUAAAUGAAUAAAGGCUGAAUAGGUUAUGUAGGGGGUGCAUACUGUAAGCAGGACUGCUCCACCCUCAAUGUCCUCGGUGCAUCACGAGGUCCUAUAAAAUUGACAAUUUGUUUAGGAGGGACUUUAUUUAAUCAGUGUUAACCGUGGCAGGGAUUUUCACGAGUUUCUAUCUUUACAUUUGUAAGUCAUGUCAUUUAUAAUGCAUUAUUUUUUUACAAGCGUUUUUUAUUUUUGGCAUUUUGUCUUUUAUUUGCCAGAGGAUAGCGUAGACGGGAGGGGGAGAAAGAACAAAAGGGCAAUAACAUUUGACAAAAUGUCCUAAACUAGAAACAAACCAGUAUUUGGCAUGUGCCGUGACCACUCGGCUAACAAGGCGCUCCCUAUACGUUGUUUUUAGUCGAGGAAAUCUAAAGAAAAUGUUUCAGUUUUCAUAGUUUUUUGUUGUUGUUGCAAGAUUGAAUUAAAACAAGUCACUGCCAUUUGUUAAAAGUCACGCUUGGAGAACUUGAAUGGAUGUUACUGUCCAUGAAUGUGGCUGUAAUACUGUCAGGGUUUAGACACGGACUUGAGACCAAGUCUCUUUUUGAUGUGGGCACAGCGGGGGGGAAAUACUGAUUGCAGCAUUAAUGGUGCAACAGCUUUUUGCCUUUUAUGUCUACCCUAAUAAGCUUGUCUAAGACGCCGGCAGAUACCCUGACGGCAUCAUAUUAUAUGAUCAUUAUAUCAUUCCAAGCUUUUGUGCGUCCAUGUUAGGUAGUUUGUUCAUAUGUUGCAUCCAGCUCAGACAUCAAAAUGAGCUGGGAACGGGAUCAAAACGGCCAGAUUAAGGAAUUCACAGGCUUGGCUGCUUUUCUUUUGUUAUCACGAUGAGCUGCAACUACAUUUCAGCCCUGUUAUUUCCAAUCAUCGGUCAGUUGACCUCAGCUCUUGAAUGCUGGUGAUUCUGUUUGCAGGGAACUGUAAAAUGUGCUGUCAUGCUUUUUGUUGUUAAAUGAACAGCGGAUUCGGUAGAUAUGGGGCUGGCUGGAUCACCCUUUUCGUUUUUGUAACUUUUAUAUACAGUAGAACCUGUUGAAAAAUGUUGGAACAAAUACAUUUGCAUCACAUCGCCUUUUGUGAAUUCUAAGAUGCAAGGCACUGUUCAGAUGUUGAUUACUACUGCCUGGGUAAACUAAAUACAUGUGAUGUUCUGUUUAAAUGUUUGGCCUCAGACCAUGCAAUGUGUCACCAGUUCUCGAUGUGACCGAUCCCUGUCAGUCCGUUCAACCACUUUUUGUUUUUACACUGCCAAAAAAAUAAACGAAAGGCAUUUGUUUCAUUUCUAUAUCUUCGUUGAUGAUUUGGGAAAAAGUUUUGUAUAAGAGGUUUAUCUUUCUAUAUUUUCAUUGUCAUUUUUUCAUGGCUUCUUUUGUACUAAUUGGCAUUUUUGUAACUCAAAGCUGUAAGCCAAAAUAAAUGCUUAACA